CUCGGAACCGUGGCGGCGGCAGAGGCGGGGAUCCCGCGGCUGCGGCGACGGUGGCCGCGGUGGAGCCACGGGGCGGGCUCGGUUUGGUGUGACGGCGACUGCGGCGGCGGUGGCGGCCGCGACCAGGUCGGCGUCCUCGGCGGGCCGAGCAUGGUGGCAGCCUGCACCCUUGGCUCCCUCGUCUGGUGCAGCCAGCAGAGCCGCCACCCUUGGGCGCCCAUGGCCCUCCAUGUGAGGGCGUGAGCGGCCUGCCCCAGCCUCACCUGCUGAUGGAGGACUCAGUGGCCCAGUGACCUGACACCACGCCACCAACCCCCUCCCACCAGUUGACGAAUGGUGGACCCAGCGACGAGUGGCCCUUGUAAGGGUCAUGGAAUAAUUUGAAGCGAAGCAUGAGCGGCCCCCGUGGUCGCCUGUGACUGCUGGAGAUAGAGGUCCCAGCACCCCAAGCCAACCCAGCGGACCCUCCCAACCCUGCUCCAGCCAAUGGGGCCAGUGGGACUCCAAGCAGCCACCUAACCAUCCAGACCCCACCCCACCCACGCGGCCAUGGCGGGCCCUGAGGGUUUCCAGUACCGCGCUCUGUACCCGUUCCGCCGGGAGCGGCCAGAGGACCUGGAGCUGCUGCCUGGCGAUGUGCUGGUAGUGAGCCGGGCGGCCUUGCAGGCACUGGGUGUGGCCGAGGGUGGCGAGCGCUGCCCACAGAACGUGGGCUGGAUGCCCGGCCUCAAUGAGCGCACACGGCAGCGAGGUGACUUCCCUGGCACCUACGUCGAAUUCCUGGGGCCCGUGGCCCUGGCCCGGCCCGGCCCUCGCCCACGGGGCCCCCGCCCACUGCCCGCCAGGCCCCGUGAUGGGGCCCCUGAGCCAGGCCUCACACUCCCCGACUUGCCUGAGCAGUUCUCCCCACCCGAUGUGGCGCCCCCUCUUCUGGUGAAGCUUGUGGAGGCCAUUGAAAGGACAGGGCUGGAUAGCGAAUCUCACUACCGGCCGGAGCUGCCCACACCGCGUACAGACUGGACCCUGAGCGACGUGGACCAGUGGGACGUGACCGCCUUGGCUGACGGCAUUAAGAGCUUCCUUCUGGCACUGCCCGCACCGCUCGUGACCCCCGAGGCCUCGGCUGAGGCGCGCAGGGCCCUGCGGGAGGCCGCGGGGCCUGUGGGGCCGGCGCUGGAGCCACCGACGCUGCCGCUGCACCGCGCGCUCACGCUGCGCUUCCUGCUCCAGCACCUGGGCCGCGUGGCCCGCCGCGCCCCGGCCCUGGGUCCCGCGGUCCGGGCCCUGGGCGCCACCUUUGGGCCGCUGCUGCUGCGCGCGCCGCCGCCGUCCUCGCCGCCGCCAGGGGGCGCUCCCGACGGGAGUGAGCCCAGUCCUGACUUCCCGGCACUGCUGGUGGAGAAGCUGCUUCAGGAACACUUGGAAGAGCAGGAGGUUGCGCCCCCAGCGCUGCCGCCUAAACCCCCCAAGGCAAAGCUGGCCCCUGCAGGCCUGGCGAAUGGAGGGAGUCCACCCUCCCUGCAGGAUGCCGAGUGGUACUGGGGGGACAUUUCAAGGGAGGAGGUGAACGAGAAACUCCGGGACACUCCCGAUGGCACCUUCCUAGUCCGAGAUGCUUCCAGCAAGAUCCAGGGCGAGUACACGCUGACCCUCAGCACGGACCUGCUGGUAUUUGACAUCAGGGUAGAGGAGCCCCGUGUGUCCAGCUUGGCGUUUAAUGUGCCUUUACCCCUCACGAGGGCCUUUUGGGGAGUCCCAGGAGGUGCUGAGCUGCGCCCCCUCCUCCAGGAGCUGCAGAUGAAGCGUACCGCGAUUGAGGCCUUCAAUGAGACUAUCAAGAUCUUUGAAGAGCAGGGCCAGACUCAAGAGAAGUGCAGCAAGGAAUACCUGGAGCGCUUCCGGCGUGAGGGCAACGAGAAGGAGAUGCAGAGGAUCCUGCUUAACUCUGAGCGGCUCAAGUCCCGCAUUGCCGAGAUCCACGAGAGCCGCACGAAGCUGGAGCAGCAGCUGCGGGCCCAGGCCUCGGACAACCGGGAGAUCGACAAGCGCAUGAACAGCCUCAAGCCAGACCUCAUGCAGCUGCGUAAGAUCCGAGACCAGUACCUCGUGUGGCUCACCCAGAAAGGCGCCCGGCAGAAGAAAAUCAACGAGUGGCUGGGGAUCAAAAAUGAGACUGAGGACCAGUACGCGCUGAUGGAGGACGAGGACGAUCUCCCGCACCACGAGGAACGCACUUGGUACGUGGGCAAGAUCAACCGCACGCAGGCAGAGGAGAUGCUGAGUGGCAAGCGGGAUGGCACCUUCCUCAUCCGCGAGAGCAGCCAGCGGGGCUGCUACGCCUGCUCCGUGGUGGUGGACGGAGACACCAAGCACUGCGUCAUCUACCGCACGGCCACCGGCUUCGGCUUCGCGGAGCCCUACAACCUGUACGGGUCGCUGAAGGAGCUGGUGCUGCACUACCAGCACGCCUCGCUCGUGCAGCACAACGACGCGCUCACCGUCACCCUGGCGCACCCAGUACGCGCCCCGGGCCCCGGCCCGCCGCCUGCCGCCCGCUGAGCGCCGAGGACCCCCCCCAAGCGGAGCCGCCCCUGGGCCCGUCUGCACCGGAGGCUGCGGCGGCAGGAGCCACGGACCAGACCAGCCACAUCCAGGGGUCUUCAUUUCUACGGCUCUGGCUUUUGUUUGGGGUUCUCUCACCCUCUUUCUCUUUCCUUCUCUCCUUCCCUCCCUCUCUCCUUCCCUCCCCCAUUCUCCAGAUCUCCUGUCUCCUUUUCUCUCUCUCUCUCUUUCUUGGCCCUUGUCUUUCUCCAUGUUGGGGGUCCUGCCUCCCCGACCCCAUAUCUCCCUGUUCCCCGGGCAUUGCCCUCUCCAUGGCUCUGGUCACCCUGACCCUCUGCCCUGCCCACCGCAGGUCCCCUGGGGCCCCGGAAGCCCCUUCUGGCUGCACCUGCCAUGUUUACAGAGGGCCCCUGGGCUGCGCGGCCCCAGCCUGGGCACCCUGAUUUUUAAGCCAUAGACCUGGGGUCAGGGCAGGAAGGAACUUCACUCCGCUGCUUCCGAGAACCUCGGCCGUGACGUUCGGGGCCGGGCGGGACCCGCCCCACAGACUCCAACUUCCCCUCCAAACCCUGAAGUGAAACCCGCCACCGAGUUAUCCCCACAAAUGGGGCCACUGCGAGAAGUUCCCCCACCCCUAAAAAAAUAAUUAAACUCGCAGGCCGGGCGCUUUGGCUUACGCCUGUAAUCCCAGCACUUUGGGAGGCCAAGGCGGGCGGAUCUUUUGAGGUCAGGAGUUGGAGACCAGCCUGGCCAAAAUGGCGAAACCCCGUCUCUACUAAAAUCCGAAAAUUAGCUGGGUUUGGUGGCGGGCGCCUGUAAUCCCAGCUACUUGGGAGGCUGAGGUGCGAGAAUCUCUUGAACCCGGGAGAUGGAGGUUGCAGUGAGCAGAGAUCGUGCCACUGCACUCCAGCCUGGGCAACAGAGGGAGACUCCUCCGUCUCAAAAAAAUAAAUAAACAAACUCGUGAGCUGGUCCCAACCCCCGCUAGGAAUCACAGCUCCCCGUACUGGUGCCGCGGCAGUGGCCAAGUUGCGACACUGCCCACGGCCCUUCCGCCUGAUGCAGAUUCAGGGCUUCUCUUCGAUCAUGUUGGGUUUUGACUCUGUUUUUCCUUGACUGCAAAACCCUCUUUCCUCUCCUCUUUUGGGACAAGAGCCCUGGUUUUCUACGCUGCCCUUGGCCACCACACUGCCUGCCCGGCGAGCUGGGAGGCAGGUUUUGUACGGUACGUUGUUAUUGAUAUGAUAUAAAACAUCAAACGUC